AUGACAACCCUCACCGCAAAAAUAAAACAGAUCCUCCCAGACCCAACACUCCUCCUCCUCCAGAACCCCUCCUCCCCCUCUCAAACCCGUCAAAUCGCAAUCCACGGCAUCACCAUCCCCAGACUCCGCCGCGAAGGGGAUGAAGAUGGUGCAUGGGACGCGAGGGAGUAUUUGAGGAAGAUGGUGGUGGGGAAGGUCGUGAGGUUUAGGGUUGUGUAUACCGCUGCAGGCAGGGAGUAUGCGAGGGUUUGGGUUGAUGGGGGGGAGGAUCUCGCUCUUCACCUUCUGCGAGCUGGAUGGGCUAAACUCCGCUCCACUCCUUCCUGCGACGAAGACGACACAGCAGCCUACACCGAAGCCGAGUCAUCCGCCCGCUCCGCCUCCCUCGGCCUCUGGGCCCCCACCUCCAACAUCUACGCCUCCUACGACACACCCCCCAACCCCGCCUCCUUCCUCGCACAAUGGCAAAACAAACAAAUCGACGCCGUAAUCGAACAAGUCCGUGCCGGAGAUCUCGUCCGCGCCCGUCUGAUACUGUCACCCGCCCAGCACCAAUACCUCCCCCUCAUCCUCGGCGGGGUGCGGUGUCCCACUUCCCCACGGACCGAGCCCACCACUGGUGCCGUCCUCGAUGCGGGCGAGGAAUUUGGGGAUGCGGCACGAGCGUUCACCGAAGCGCGACUCCUCCAGCGCUCGGUCAAAGUACAGCUUUUGGGGACUACGUCGAGUGGGGGACAGUUCGUCGCGAACAUCAUCCAUCCCGCGGGUGAUAUCGGCGCUCUCAUCCUCGCGUCCGGCUUGGGACGGGUGGUGGAUUGGAUGAGUGGUAUGGUCGGUGUGGAGAGGAUGGGUAUGCUUCGUGCUACGGAGGCGAGGGGGAGGGGUGCGGGGGUUGGGGUGUGGAAGAACACCACCAACACACUGGGGAAGGAAAAGGGGUUCGAGGCGGUUGUUGUGAGGAUUGUGUCAGCCGAUACGAUCCUCGUCGAAGCCCAGAACAUGGAACGCAGAAUCCGGCUCUCGUCGCUGCGUGCGCCCCGUGCCACCGACAGCGCACAAGCACCCUUCGUCACUCUCGCGCGGGAGUGGCUCCGUCGUCGACUGAUCGGGAAAACCGUACGCGUCCAGAUCGACUCCACCACCAAACCCUCUGCCGCUUCCAAUGCCGACUCGAUCGAUGUCGCGACCGUCACCGUCGGCAACACGAAUACGAAUGUAGGGCUGGAGGGCGUCCAAAAAGGUUGGUUGUCCGUCCUGAGGCAUAGAGCGGACGACACCCAUCGUGCGCCUGGCUCCAUCUACGACGCACUCAUCGCGGCCGAAGCUGCGGCGCAGGAUUCACAUGUUGGCAUGUGGUCACCCAAACCACCGGGAGCAGUGGGGGCUGGGAGGGUGGUGGAUGCGAGUGAGAGCGUGACAAGGGCGAAGGGGCAUAUCAAUGCGCUCACCCGGGCGGGGCGGGUUGGGGGUGUGGUUGAGCAUGUGUUUUCUGGCAGCAGGUUUAAAAUCCUCCUCAAACAUCAAGGAGAAACCAAGAUUACGUUCGUCCUCCGUGACGUACGCUCCCCACGCUCGGACGAAUCACACGGAAAGGAGGCAUUGGAGUAUGCGACCCGGAGGUUCCUGCAGCGCGAUGUCGAGGUUGAGAUCAAUAACGUUGAUCGUGGGGGGGCAUUUAUGGGAGCUAUGUUCUUGGGGGGUCGGGAUGUGGGAGUGGGGAUGGUGGAGGGGGGGUUGGGGUGGGUUGGGGAGUAUGUCGCUGGUCCUGGUGCUGGGGUGUUAAGGGAGGCGGAGGGGAGGGCGAAAGAAACCAAAAAGGGUGUGUGGAAGGACUAUCAACCCGAAGCUGAGGCGGCUGUGGUAAGAGAGGGAGGGGAGAAUGGGAGUGGGCGUGGGGGUGGGGAGAGGGAGUAUGUGGAUGUUGUCGUCACGGAGGUUGAGAGUCAGGGGAGGUUUUGGGUACAGCUCAUUACGCCCAAAAUCCAGGAACUCGAGAUACUCAUGCGGGAUCUCCAAGUCGCCUCGUCCGCUGCUUCCCUGUCUGGUCCACCCCGCGUCGGGGAUCAACUUCAGGCGAAAUCGGCCCAGGAUGGGAUGUGGUACCGGGCUCGCGUCAGACGUGUCGAUCGUGCUGCUGCAAAGGCGGAGGUGGUGUUUGUGGAUUACGGCAACACCGAACACAUACCAUUCGCAAACCUCCGACUGGGCGCACCCUCCGGGUUGCCGCCACAAGCACAGGAGGCAACAUUAUCAUUCAUCCGUCCCCCACCUGCCGGAAGCGAGUACGCCCUCGACGCACGCGCCUCCCUCGCCUCCCUCAUCACAAACCGCCAACUCGUCGCAUGCAUCGAUCGUAGCCCCGGCGGCUCCCCACUCGAACUCACCCUCUACGACCCCACGAAUAGCGCGAGUGUUGAUCCGAGUGAGAGUGUUAAUGCGGAGAUGGUGAGGGAGGGGAUGUGUCGUGUCGUGCCACAGAAGGAACGGGGGUGGGAGAAGGCGUUUGCGGGGGUGUUGACGGGGUUGGAGGAGAAGGAGGGGGAGGCGAGGAGGGGGAGGAGGGGGAUUUGGGAGUAUGGGGAUGUGUUUGGGGAUGAUGAGUAG